AUGGCGCCGCCGCCGCAAGCUAGAUGUGCCGUAACUUGCUCCGCCACGUCCCGCGAAACUGUAAAUUCCCCGUGCCCUGCAAGCGUCCCCGUCAAUCACGGCGGUCGUCGAAAACAUAGACAGGCAUCUAGUAUGCAGCUCACAGCCAGCACCUGCUCCACUGGGCGCAGCCCCUGGACGACACUUCUAUUCGCAGUUGCUACUGAAACAGCUCAUUCAUGCUGCGUCGCGUAG